AUGAUAAAAAGAAGGCGACUGUGGGACUGUUCAUUUCAGCUAACCUGGAUGAUGGAUGGGGACAUAUUCACUGCCACUUUGGUGCCAUCUGGGAACACAACACCAAAUUCUAGCAUGACACUGGAACAGAAAACAACAUUUGCCUUUGUGAUUUUAUUAUUUAUUUUCUUGGGAAUCCUCAUUGUUCGCUGCUUCCGAAUUCUCCUUGACCCCUACCAGAGUAUGCCAACCUCAACGUGGGCUGAUGGACUUGAUGGACUGGAGAAAGGCCAGUUUGACUAUGCUCUUGCUUAA